AUGGGUAAGAAAGGAAAGUGGCUUAGUGCGGUGAAGAAAGUCUUCAGCUCCUCUGAUCCGGAUGGAAAGGCAGCAAAGGCUGAGAAGGCAGACAAGUCAAAAUGCAAGAGGAGAUGGUCAUUUGGAAAAUCGAAGAAGCACUCGGAACCUUCGAUCUCAACGGUACCAGGGACUGCUCCAGUAGCUCCGUUGCCAUCACCACCACCAACUCAGCCCCACUCUCUGGAGAUUAAAGAUGUCAAUCCAGUUGAAACAGACAGUGAGCAGAACAAGCAUGCCUACUCCGUUGCGCUUGCAUCUGCUGUUGCUGCUGAAGCUGCAGCAGUUGCUGCACAGGCUGCUGCGGAGGUUGUCCGCCUCACAGCAGUUACCACGCCUGCACCAAAAAUGCCUGUUAGUUCAAGGGAAGAACUUGCUGCCACCAAGAUUCAGACUGCCUUCAGGGGUUAUCUGGCAAGGAGAGCAUUGCGGGCACUAAGAGGUCUAGUUAGAUUGAAGUCACUUGUUGAUGGAAAUGCUGUCAAGCGCCAAACCGCUCACACCUUGCAAUGCACACAAACAAUGACAAGAGUUCAAACUCAAAUCUACUCUAGAAGGGUGAAGUUGGAGGAGGAAAAACAGGCUCUUCAAAGGCAGUUCCAAUUGAAACAUCAAAGGGAACUUGAGAAAAUGAAGAUUGAUGAGGACUGGGAUCACAGCCAUCAAUCCAAAGAGCAAAUUGAGGCCAACCUAAUGAUGAAACAGGAAGCUGCACUGAGACGAGAAAGAGCACUUGCAUAUGCAUUUUCUCACCAGUGGAGGAAUUCUGGUCGAACUAUAACCCCUACUUUCACGGAACCUGGGAACCCUAACUGGGGCUGGAGCUGGAUGGAACGCUGGAUGACAGCAAGACCUUGGGAGAGCCGAUUGGCGCCAUCAGACAAGGAUCCUAAAGAUCAUGCUCUGACAAAGAAUCCAAGCACCAGUAUUGUUCGAUCAUCUGUACCCCGUGCCAUCUCAAUCCAGAGACCAGCAACACCAAACAAGUCGAGCCGCCCACCAAGCCGGCAAUCACCUUCAACUCCGCCAUCAAAGGCCCCAUCAACCUCAGGAAAGACCAGGCCAGCAAGUCCAAGGGGCAAUUGGCUGUACAAGGAGGAUGACCUGAGGAGCAUCACAAGCAUACGCUCUGAGCGCCCAAGGAGGCAGAGCACAGGUGGAGGCUCGGUCCGGGAUGAUGCAAGCCUGACGAGCACACCACCUCUCCCCAGUUACAUGCACUCGACAGAGUCUGCAAGGGCGAAGUCUCGGUACCGCAGUCUAUUGACUGAGAAGCUUGAGGUUCCUGAGAGAGCACCUCUGGUCCACUCCGUUGUUAAGAAGCGCCUGUCGUUCCCCGUCGUCGAUAAACCAAGUGUUGUGCCGACAGAUAAGCCGAAGGAAAGAGUGAGACGCCAUUCAGACCCUCCGAAGGUCGAUCCUGCAACGCUGAAGGAUGUCCCUGCUGCCUGA